AAUCCCGGUUAGUUUGGCUUCAAGGUUACUCAAUCGUAGAAUAUAGGGCCUGCUAGCUUUAUGCCUUAUGCUAAUUUUAACUACACACAGACGCACAAAAUGUCUUGAAUAGUGUUGUGUUGUUUUUGUUGCGUCUUCAAAUGUAAAAAACAUGUACUAAAUGUCGAGGAAUAGUGUUUUCUGGAGAUAAGAAUGAAUUAGUUUGCUUAAUUAUUCAUUCGUUUCAUGACUGUUAAUCUAAAUACGUAUAUUCAAAACUAGUGAGAACAAUAGUUUCUGAGUUGUACGGGAUUUAUUAAGUCGAUUUUCCGUGAAAACCUAUUUUUGUUUGGUUUUUAAUGAACUCAAUUAGUUUUUAGCAGAGCAAAACACCUAGGACUGUUAUAUUUUCAACCCCGGUGCACUCCAACGUUUUCAAGAAAAGCUCCUAGUCUACAGAUAUUGGCUGCACAUGAACUUGUAUGGACUUCCCGGUGCUUAUGCUGUACUCUUGAAAAAUGAUAUCUUAAGUGGUGUAUCUGAUUGAUGGCUACAGACCAUCUGGUUAAAUGUAAAUGGUAAAUAUAAAAACCCAUGAUCACAUUAACUGUGGUCUGUUGCUAUUGCCUAGGUUUUAGCUUAGUCUCUGAGCUGUCAAGGCAGGGUUGUGACGUUUAGUACCUUUUUCAUAAAUAUUCUCUCCCCUUUACUGCCUAGCAUAGUGUGAUAAAGCCCUCCGCCUCAUCAAAGGGUGUCGUUUUCUACACAGUAAACGCGAAGGUAAUGAGUUAUGCUCAAAACAUUUACUCUCACGCACUCGAACGAUACUUAUUCGAUGCCAGUGUCCAGUCAAGUUUGUUGUGAAGGCAUAAUUUUGUUUCUCUCUGAUAAAUGUUUCACGUACAUACAGUGAUUAACUUCGAUGAAUGCUUUCUCUUCUACUUUCAUAUCACAACAUGUUGAAAUAUUUCCAAAAUACUCACAGGUUUAAGCAUCAUAAUAAACAGUUAGAAAGUUAUUCCUUUUAUUUUACUCCUAGUGGGGUCGGGAAAUUUAGCCGUACUUAAGGUACUCAUUGGGUGAUUGUGAGCAUCAGCCUUACUGUCAAACUAUGAGGGAUUACGACUGUUUUGCCGGAAGCUAUGUUUGAUAUGAAGAAGAGAUUAAAGGAUAUAUUAUUUUCCUACACUCACUAGGUUAUCAGGCUUCUUUGUGCUUACAUUUUCUAAGUUAGGUGGAUUCAUAAAUAGGAAACCGAAUGUUGGGUUCAAGUUUAGUACUAGAAUGCACGUUGUCAGAAUGAAAUGCAUCUCCUGUCAUAAUUCACGAAAACUUAUUACUAAAUUCCGGAUAACUUAUAAAUCCCUUUCAGGUUACUUCAGUUACAACUCGACUUUUCGAUUUGGCGUGAUGUUAGUAAUUUGGUGUUAAUAACUGAAACAGUAACUAACUAGUUAAAAAAACACUGUGAAGAUUAGCUUCCACUCUAAUACUUCAUACUUCGUCGCCUUUGAACUCUUUAUGAUUAUGAACAUGCAAACUUGCAGACACCUGAAAAUUUACUUACUUUCCUGUAAGUCAGUUAGUUUUACGUCUGAUAAGCGAAAUUAAAUUUUAUCCUGAGUAUCUUUCUGCUGCUGACUUAGUGUUAACUACCUCUAUGUAGUUUUGAAAUUCGGUCUUAUUUGAUAAUUAUUAAUCGUGAAUGGUGUGACAGAUUACGCUUUGAAAUGCUUGGGUGUGUGUGCUCCACCUGAGAUCUAUUUCGACGUAUAGGAACCAUUAUUCGCAUGUUUCUGAGUUUGGUGAUGUUUACUGAAGUUUCCAUUUUAUAGUAGUUCAUUUUUUCAGUUCUAUAGCAGCUGGGUAAAACUACAGUAUGAUAAUCAUUUCAGCUAUGUUAAUGUUAGGUUCACAGAACCAGACAGUACAGUUAGUCAGUCAACCAACUUGUAAACCUUCACCAACUGAGGUGGCUGGUGCAUAUACUCAUAGUCAGUCAUUGCGAGCCAUUUUGGCUGAUACAACUUCUGCUUGGUUUUCUGCACUUCGUUACUUUCAUAUCCUAGUUAGACGUUAAGUAACGAUAGUCAAACAUUCCCCUGUAAUUGUAAUACGAAGUCUUCCUUCUGAAAUGAUCAACGAUCUAAACGAGACCAAAAUAUGUAACAUGUAAGCUAAAUUCAUCAUAGGGUGCUAUUCUAGAGACAUGUUGUUCACUUAUCGCUACGUUUCUUGUCUCAACCACUUCUUGUUAUUAAGAAUGCCAAGUAAUUUUGUUAUUGUAAUCAUUAUCAAUAUCAUCUCUAUUCUUCGAAUUUCUGUUGUUGCCUGUCAAACUACCCUAUUGUUUUACUAUGCCUUCCUCUUGUUUUCUUCGUAUUAACCUGUUAAACAAGCACUGAACUAUAAUAUCUGUCUUAAUUCUUAGACUCAGGAGUUGUCAAACUGAUACAUCCAAUCAUGAAUGAUUAAAUGGAGAUCUUUAUGUUACUUAGAAAGUUCCAUCAAAUCUCACGCAGAUUUUAACUAAAGCUGAAAGGUCAAAAUAUUCAUUGAAGCUGACCACGAACUUGACGGCCAGUAACAAUUUACUCAUGUCACUUGUAUAAUCCAAGGUUAAUCUUUAUGUAACAAUUUCCUUACUCUUUAGUUCAUUGAAAAUCUGUAAGAAAAGCUUGUCAGGGUUUUUGUUUCAGAAUAACAUAACCCUUUUUGAAAUGAGUUCCAAACCUUAAUUUCGCCUAGGAUAAUAAUGUAUUUUAAUAAAUCUUGACAUUUUUUGCAGCAGACUUUGAUGUCUAUUUCGUUAUUGUUAAGGUAGUAACCAUUUUUAAACCAAAAGCUUAAACUUUACACGUAUUACUGACACCAGUGAAUUAUUGUUGUCUUCACUGUUUGACUUCACUUGAAUUUUCAUCUCACUAACCAGUGUUUUAUUCGCCUUUUUAUAGGUUGAACCUUUUCUGUUACACAUUAAAUUACAUUUUCCAGCAAUGACUUGAAUCAAUUUUAAUGUGACAAUCCAUAACUUCGCAACAUGCAGUUAGAUGACUUAAAUCACACAAACUUUACAUCAUGUAAUUUGAACCAUGUUGACAUACGUGAUAGCAGUGUGUCAGACCAGUUCAUAUCUAAUUCAUCUCAUAUGGUCAGUCAAGUAGACAAUGCAAAUUAUGGUUCAAAUGAAGUUCCCGCUACAGAUAUUGAAUUGCGUUGUCCAGUAUGUCAACUUCUUUUCAAUUCUUACGACCAAAUGUCCAGGCAUCUAAAUAUUCAUAACACUGGUAAACCAUAUGUAUGUUCACAUUGUAAUGCUUCAUUUAACCAAGCCGAAAAUUUAUAUGUCCAUAUUUCACUCUAUCACACAUUGGGUGUGAAUAAAAGUAACUAUAAUUGUUGCUUAUGUGAUAAACGAUUCCUUCGUUUUUCUGCUUACAAAUCACACUUAUUACUCCAUCAGAUUGAUGAGAAUUUUGUCUGUUUCACUUGUGAACAGCCGUUCGAGUCUAUCACAUUGUAUGAAAAACAUCUACGUACUUGCACGCUGGACACAAGAGAUACUAAAUCUCCAUCUCAAUACCGAUGCCAUGUUUGUGGAAUGCUUUUGUCCUCUGUUGGUAAAAUCAAGCAACACUAUCUUCGUAGACACCGCGUUGAUCAACUGCAAUCUGGAAGAAAUUCUGUGUUAAAUAUAGCACCUAAUCCUGAAUCUUCAGUAGAUAUGGAUCUAGGGAAUGUCAGAAAAAGUAAACUUCGUGCAGCUGAUUAUCUUUCGACUAUGAUUAAAAACGAUCGUCGUAAGGGUAGAAAUUCAUUUUCAGUUUUAGAUCAGCUAAUUUACGAGAUUCCUAGCGAUCAACCAAUCAACCAAGACUAUUCUAACAUAACGAACUCAAAACACAAAAAGCGUAAGAUUUCUUAUUCAUGUUUACUAUGUCAUAAAAAGUUCCUGAAACCAUCUUUACUUAGACGUCAUAUAACAAUACACACGAAGCAUAAAUCCUAUGAAUGUGCAUUGUGUCACGCCAAAUUCACCCAGAAAUCGUCUGCAAAAACACAUUUACUUCUUCAUAUGAGUUCAGUCAAUCCACGUACUACCUAUCACUCAACGAAGCAUAAUUUGGAACCACCACUUACCUUAUGCUCUGAUGAAAGUACACCACAAAAAAAUACUACAAUCAAAAUGCCUGAAGUUAAUCCAAAUAUGACACUUCCUGUGAAUGGAUCUAUUAAUAUCCUAACUUUGCCGCCUCAUAAUGCAACAUCUGUGAACACUUCAACCCCUCCUCAGAGUUCUGUUGUGCUGCAGUUAUUUAUUCCUCAGUACCAGGCAUCAGAAGUUACCGCUCAUGAAGUUGGCACCAGUCAAACUGCCUAUGAUCGUACACCACCUAUUCUUGACCAGAAUCAUGAGAAACAUUGUUCUUAUCCUAAAGUGCUUAGUUGCCCAGUUUGUUUUAGGGUGUUCAAAUUAUCUAAAAGCCUAGCAAUUCAUAUGUUGCGUCAUCCCAUGGUAAGUUCUAGAAAGUAUAGGGGGAAUAAUUCAAAAAAUUGUGUGCAACAGAAAUGUGUACAAAGUAAACUGAGCGUAAAAUCAUAUAAUAAGUGUAAAAGGUUAUGUUCAAGAAAGCUGCUACACAGAUUUAAUCGAUGCAUUCAUUGCUUCAAGAGUUUUCGUUCAGUUAAUCGUUUAAAAAUGCAUAUUUACAAGACUCAUCAAGGAAGAUGUACCAUAUUUGAGUGUAAUAAGUGUCCACGUAGAUUCAUGUCCAGCUUGGGUUUAAAAAGGCAUAUUAAUUUACUGCAUCGGUGUGUAAAAAAUAAUAACAUAUGUGCAAUAUGCCAAGCAUUGUUUUAUAGCUCAUCUGCAUUGAAGCGUCAUAUGGAUACGCAUUCUAACGAACGGUUAUUUAGCUGUUAUAUAUGCCAUAAGAGAUUUCAGUUUCUUCAUUCUUGUCGCAGGCAUACGCGUAAUCAUUCCACUUUCGAACGAAAUAAAGACGAAUUAAGAAGUUUGUCGGGAUGUUUUACAACUAACUUGCCAACUAGUCACAGAAAUCCUGUUCUACAGAAUUUGCAUAAAAAUAAUUCAACUGAGUCAAAAAAUAUGGGCUCAUGCUUGGAGCCAUAUACUAUUAUAGGCGAAUUUAUGAAUCCAGUUGACAAAUGUUCUUUCUACAACAAUACAGGAUCUAAUACUCUGGAACCAGAUAACUUGUCAGUAAUAGUUCAAAUUGAAUCACCGUCAAAUAAUUCAAGAAGUAAUUUUGUUUCCUUAUCAAAGUCUACUGCUGGAUGUCGAACAUUUGAUAUGACUACGGUUGAUAGUUUCAACCAUAGCUUAACUAACUUUACAAAUUUACCGAAUUCAGGUGUUGUUGUUGAACAUCCUAAUGAUUUUUCUGAACAGCAAAUAUGUAUAUGGAAUGGUUUUUCCAAUGAAAAUGUUUCAUUAAAUAAAAUAAAUGAACCAGUUGAUAUGUUUGUGAUUGAUCCAUCUCAAGCAUUUAAUGCAAUCGAUGUGCCUAUUGAAAGUUCACUUGAUACUUAUCAACAACCUGUUCUCUUCGCUUCAAAUAUUGUUGAUCACUCGGAAUUUACUCAGAAUUUCAUUGUUGACUCCUCAUUUAACACUCAGUCUGUUAUCUUUAACACUGAACCAUUGGAAAAUAAUCAAACAACUACCAAUUCUCGUUAUGCAUCGAAUGCAAUAACUUCUAAUCCUGAUCAGGUCAAUAUUGUUAGUCCUAUUGAUAAAGCUAUUCCUUUAUCUGAAACAUGUUCAGAUUCCCAUAAAUCACGUGUAUCUGGAAAAGGAGUUUCAAAUGUUGUCCAUUCUAGUAUACCUACAGUGUUACCUACACAACAUUUAAAACUGUAUGGUUGUGGAUUAUGCUCUGUAGUUUAUGAAGAUUCAGAAAAAUUGCUUCAUCAUAAUCGUAUAUCUCAUAACAAUACACUAAAAUCGUUUACAUGCUCUACAUGCUCACGUAGUUUUGUCAAUCCCACUCUACUUCUAAGUCAUUCACGUACACAUACUCCAGAAUAUAAUGGUGUAUUAAAUUGCCCACUAUGUCCAACGUCCAUAUUCAGUAAACAAUCAGCUCUUAGUCGACACAUUAUCUACUGUCAUCCACUACCUAAUUCAGAACCAUUUCAAUGCGCAAGAUGUGGUAUGCGAUUUAUGAUGAUGCGUAGUCUAAAAUCCCAUGUGAACAAUAUUUUAAAUGGUGUUGAUGUAUGCAUUUCUAAAUUACCCACUGCAGAGCAGGGAACUGGAAGUGAUGAUAAAAAUUCACAUAUCUCUACCAAUAUAUUAACAAGUUCAAAGAUAAAUACACAUCGUGUAUCAAGUUUAUCUUCCAAUCUGGUCGAUGAAAUCGCCAAGUUACAGCCAUCAGAUAAUUUGUCUCUAUCGGAGAAGUAUUUGAUUAAGGCUGCCAGAGAACGUGUAGAGAAUACGGUUAGUUUUCCAAAGCAGAAGACUACAUAUUCAUUAAAUCAGCAACUUACAUCUAUUAUCAAUGAAAAUAUUUGUUCAAUAUGUAAUCGUAAAUUUACAAGGAAAUCAGAUCUUCGAUAUCAUGUCAAUGUACACAAUGGCAUUCGACCAUAUGAAUGCGAUAAAUGUCAUCGACGUUUUAUGAAACAUUGUGAACUUCGUCAGCAUAAAUUUAAAGUUCAUGAGAUGACGAAUCUGAAUAAAACAACUAAGAAUAAAACGCUAAGAAUAAAACAAACUCUUAUAUGUCAUUUAUGCAGUUCUAGAUUUUCAUCUAGAAGUAGCUUACGCCUACAUGUACGAUUACAUACUGGUACUCGAGGUUAUGGUUGUCUAUAUUGUAAUUCUGUUUUUCAUAAUCCUAGUCAUAGGAAACGUCAUUUGAUCCAAUGUCAAAUGAAGCUUAGACCAAUUGUUAAUUUAUCUCAUUCACCUAAUCUUAGAUUAUAUUCACAACAGUUAGCUAAUACAAAUCAAGUGAGUUGUCAACCUGAGAAUGAAAAUAAUAUCCUAACAGAAACAACUUCUGAGACUGUCAGAAUUGAUAAUUCUUUCAGACAAUGUAUUUGUGAUGAUAGUAAUAGAGAACAAUGUAAUAAAUGUACUAUAUACUUAGAUAUACUAGUAUACACAGAUGAUAUGCCUAGCAAUAUCACUAAAGUUGUCAAUAAUGUAUUCGAAGACAACAUAACACAAUGUAUCAACACUUCCAGUUGUGAACUGGAGAGUAUUUCAGCAGUUUACUUUAAUCCUACCAAUUCUAAUCAUUCUGGCAUAGUUGAAGAACAACUGAUAAACCAGAAUAUUCCGAGCAGUUUUAAUAGUAUUCUUGAUGACCAAACGUGUCAGGAUCUACUUAAUCCAAUUCCUGGCACAAGUGAACUCAAUCAACAAGUAACUCCAGUCAAUAAUGAAGUAACUAAUAUAAUCACUAAUCAUGAUAAUAACAAUAAUGAUUGUAAUGCUAACCAACUUGUUUUAUGUUCAACAGACAAUAUAUUUGAUUAUGUACCAUGUAAGGAUAUUUUUCCUGUUGAAAUUGAGCUCAGAAAACAAACGAAUGAUUUAAUGCCUAAUACAUCAAUCCCCAGAAACAGUAGUAAUCAUAUCUCAGUUAUGAAUCCUAUAAAAAGUGUAACACUUAAAUCGAAAUCCACAGUAAAUUAUUUAUCUAAUAAAAACUUCCAGCGUUUAUUUAAAUGUUCUACUUGUAAGAAAACAUUCACUAAAAAUUCCUCUUUACUUAGACAUGAAAGAACUCAUAAAAGGCUGAAACCUUUUGUAUGUCGUUUCUGUGGUGUUGGUUUUACUCAAAGUUUCAGUUUAACUAGUCAUGAAUUAAUACAUACCGGUGGAAAACCUUAUCAGUGUACACAGUGUAGUGCCAGAUUCCGUCAAUCAUGUAAUUUAAAAAGACACGUGAAAUUAGUUCAUAAAUGAAUGUGUGUGUGUGUGUAUGUGUGUAACACAGGAUUAUGCAUAAUAGUAUUUAAAAACCUUUUCACUUGUGAAACUCUAGUAUCUCUGUCUAUAAAAGAGGUUUUUCUUCAAGCAUAUAACUGUAUUCAUUGCUUUAUUAUUAAUUUCGUUGAUUUUUGUAGGUUAAAAACGGCGCAUGUCAUAAAGACACUUGUUUUACUGUGUUUUGUUGUGAACGAUCAACUAAUAACAAUAAUUAUUAUUAUUAUC